AGUGCGUCGAGUUUGGUGGCAGGAGAAUCUCGUCUCUGCUUUUUGCGGAUGAUGUGGUCCUCCUAGCUUCAUCCAGCUCUGACCUUCAGCUCUUGCUGGGUAGGUUCGCGGCCGAAUGUGAAGCGGCUGGGAUGAGGAUCAGCACCUCCAAAUCUGAGACCAUGGUUCUCGACCGGAAAAGGGUGGCUUGCCACCUCCGGGUCGGGGGAGAGGUCCUACCUCAAGUGGAGGAGUUUAAGUAUCUCAGGGUCUUGUUCACGAGUGAGGGUAGGAGGGAUCGGGAGAUCGACAGGCGGAUUGGUUCGGCGUCUGCAGUGAUGCGGACGCUGAGCCGAUCUGUCGUGGGGAAGAGGAUGCUGAGCCAGAAAGCCAGGCUCUCGAUUUACCGGUCGAUCUACGUCCCAAUCCUCACCUAUGGUCAUGAGCUUUGGGUAAUGACCGAAAGAACGAGAUCGCGGAUACAAGCGGCCGAAAUGAGUUUCCUCCGUAGGGUGGCCGGGCUCAGCCUUAGAGAUAGGGUGAGGAGCUCGGACAUUCGGGAGGGACUCGGAGUAGAACCGCUGCUCCUCCGGAUCGAAAGGAGCCAGUUGAGGUGGUUUGGGCAUCUGGUCAGGAUGCCUCCUGGACGCCUCCCCGGGGAGGUGUUUCGGGCAUGUCCUGCCGGCAGAAGGCCCCCGGGUCGACCCAGGACACGUUGGAGAGGUUACAUCUCCAAUCUGGUCCGGGAACGCCUUGGGGUCCUGCCAGAGGAGCUGGUGGACAAGGCCGGGGAGAGGACGGCCUGGAGCUCCCUAGUUGGGAUGCUGCCCCCGCGACCCGGACCCGGAUAAGCGGAGGAAGACGAAGACGACGAAGACGGUCUGGCAACGCUCCAUUGACGGCUCUCGGUUGUGGGGCGGGUUCUACCGUUGUCUUUCAAAUGAUCUCCGCACGCUACUGGACAAUGAAUGUGACAUACUCUUGUUUCACUCUGUUGCAUCAUCCCACCCACCAGGCAUACAGAGUGCCCUGAUUGGCCCACAAAGCGGAUAAAGCUCUGUGAUUUGUUCACUAAGCAGAUAGAGCACUAUGAUCGGCCCACCAUUAUGGACCAAUCACAGCUCUUUAUGUGUUUGAAACCCCUCUAGAGAGCUGUGAUUGGCUAGCCAGAAUGCCGUUGGGGCUGCAGAGGUUCCAGUGGAGCACUCCUAGACCAAACUUUGCAAAGCAAGAAUUUGGUCUAGUUCACUAGGCUAACUACCAUCACCAUGUCUGACUGUUGAUAUGUAUGAUGCAGGUGGGUUAGGGUUAGGGAUCACGUUUCAGAAAGUUCUAACUCCAAGAGGUAUUUUCUCAAAGGUCUUAGGGAUGUUCUGGUGUUUUUUUGUUUUUUUUGGUAAAUAUGAGACCUUUGGGUUAUUUUUUUUUUUUGUUGAGUAGAAGUUUUGACCUUGGAACUCACCCAUGGAGGCUGAUUUAGCCUUAUUCUUAUUGUUGAAUCAUGACUUCUGACAUUUACCUUAAUCAGGUGAGGCCUGCUGUGCUUUAGACUUUCUUGUGUUUAUUAAUAGUUUUAGAACAGGUCAUGAUGUUUUGCUUCUUGAGAUCUUAUAGUCUACUUUUGACUAACAAACAGGUUCUAAAUGACCUCUCAUUUCUAAUUAAAGGUACAAUAUGUAAGAUUUUUACAGUGAAAUAAUCACAAAACUGUCCAAUGUCUCAAUUUUGUUGGAAGAAAGGUUAGAUUGAAACAGAUUUUCUUCUCAGCUGGCUGGGGCGUUGUCAGCUUCUUUCAAAAAACUUAAAAGAGCCAUAGUCAUUGUUAACAAUCUGUGAGCCCACAGGUUUGCUAAAUCUGCGCCGAUCUGACACUGCAUUUUAAUUUUGACACUGGCUGACAAAAAGCUCCAGAGUUAUUUAAAGAACCAAAGUCGGUAAACAGGAGUGACCCAGAAGUUAUUUCUUGUUCUCUUAAAGCACAGGCAGACUGGCAAUCUGAGUUCUGCAGAAUCUCAGAUCGGCCGGUUUGCUCUAGGGCUGGUGGCUGUGCGCCAGGCUGUUGUCGGCGCCCACUCCACCCCCCAUCGAAGGAUCGAGCAGACUGCAGCAACGAUCAGCCUCCUCCAACCCGCUCGGAUAAGUUAACACAGAGGGCUCUUCCAAUAGAUUGAGAAAUUCUAGAGCUGAGUUAUCAUCCCAGUCCGCCCCUGAUCCAUAACUGGCAAAAGCCAUGACAGUAAUGGAACGGGAGUGAGAAAGUCUCUUGUUUUGUUUCGAAAAUGGGAGGGAGUAAUCAAGUUUGACCAAAGGACAUCAUUCCCACUUAAUUCUUACAAAAUACACCUUUAAGUGAUAUUUUCUUUGAUACAUUUCACCACACUAUAUUACUAGUUUAUACUUCAUCUUUUAAUUAGUUACUUGAACAUUUUAGUCGAAUGUGAAAAAGAAAGUAGAUGUUCAGCUUACAUCCUCAGAAACACACUCUGGCCGUCUGCACCGAUGCAAAUACACACACACAAUUAUUUUCACAGCAUCGUCUUAUUGUCUGCGCUCAAGCUUUUCUGGAAAACCACAAAAAGCCAUGCAAGGCGAGCAAUCGUCCCUUGCAUAACAUGCAAACUAACAUGUGACAAAGACACAAAAACAACAUAUAAUGUGCUAAAUCAAGUUCACUAUUUAGAGUUUAAAAAAAGGCAAUGUCAUAAAACUUGAAUUGUUUAAUUCUUUGCAUGUGCAGCAUAAUAAAACUGACUCUGGUGAAAGUUAGACUCAACUGUUUGUCAUUUCCUUUGAGUGGCCAGGAAUGCCGUGACAGUCAUUUCCAAGAAGCAGCUGUGUUGUAGUGUUUGUUUUUGUGGAGCUAAAUGAGCGAUCAUUAAUCCCACUGUGUGUGUAAGGUGGCUUUCA